UAGCAAAUCUGUCAGUUAGCAGCUCUGUAAUUUGCAAAACUCGUGCUGAAAAAUCAUCUUUAUUAUUUAUUAAUUACGUAAUCAAUGAUAAUGACCAAAAUAUCAUCGAAAAAACACUUUUGAUUAGAUCUAGAGUGUCAUCUGCAAACAAUCGAAAACAGAGAUUUUGAUUACUUAAUGUCAUAAAUUUGGCAAAGUCUGCCAAGUUUAUUUUUACCCUUAAUUUUUUAUCUAUUUGGAAAAACUGAGAAAGUCGGCUCUACUGAAAUCGGUGAGAUGAAAUUCUUUGUCUAGUAAUAGCGUUGUUUGUUAUAGGAAAGAGUUUUUGGUGAUUGGAAAAUGUCUACUAACAAUCAGUUACUUCGAAUGAUUGCCAGUGCAUGCUGAGUGUGUCUCACUGUAUUUGAACUUUAGUUUGUUGUACACAAUACCAGCACGCAUGAUAUGGCCGCUUAUAUAAAUCGCACAAUAUCCGUGAUGUCUGGUGGUGACGGACCACACAAUAGACCACCCGUCACGGCCGUUUUGACAGAACGAGGAAAACGUAUCCCACUUGACAAUUCUCCUUUGCAGAUAUUCGUCAAGGCGAAGAAGAAGAUUAAUGAUAUAUUUGGCGAGAUCGAGGAGUAUGUCGAGGAUACUGUCCAGUAUAUGCAUGAAAUUGAAAAGGAUGAAAAGAUAGUGAAUAGUGAAAAAGUAAAGAAUACAGAAGAGUAUGUUAGCAAAGUACACAGUAUCAGAGAUGUAUUACAGCGGGAUCACAUGAAAGUCGCCUUUUUCGGCAGAACAUCAAAUGGAAAAAGUUCUGUAAUUAAUGCUAUGCUGGGAGAUAAAAUUUUACCUAGUGGGAUUGGUCAUACUACCAAUUGUUUCUUACAGGUAGAGGGCGCUCCUUCAGAUGAACCGUAUCUAGUUUUAGAAGGUUCAGAUGAACAUUGUGCUGUAGAAUCUGUAGGACAACUGGCGCAUGCAUUAUGCAAAGAAAAACUUAACGAAUCAUCCCUGGUCAAGGUUUAUUGGCCGAAAAACAGGUGCCUUCUACUUCGAGAUGAUGUCGUGUUUGUCGAUUCACCUGGAGUGGACGUCACUCCAAAUUUGGACGAAUGGAUUGACAAACACUGUUUAGAUGCUGACGUAUUUGUUUUGGUAGCUAACGCGGAAUCCACUUUGAUGGUAACAGAGAAAAACUUCUUCCACAAAGUAUCAACCAAGCUAUCCAAACCUAACAUUUUCAUCCUGAAUAACCGAUGGGAUGCCUCGGCUUCGGAGCCCGAAUUUUUAGAUCAGGUUCGGAAACAGCAUCAAGAACGAGCAGUCGAUUUCCUCGUCAAAGAACUAAAAGUGUGCACUCCCAAAGAGGCCGAAGAACGAAUAUUCUUCAUUUCUGCGAAGGAAAUGUUGCAAGUGAGGAUGGCCGAAGGAAAAUCCAAUUCGAUAUCCCUACCAGAAGGUUUCCAAACCAGACAUUUUGAAUUUGAAGACUUCGAAAAGAAAUUCGAAGAGUGUAUUUCUAAAUCUGCGGUAAAGACGAAAUUCGAACAGCAUUCGCAAAGAGGGAAAUAUAUAACGAACGAAUUACGGGACAUAUUGGAAGGUAUAUUGUCCGAUGCUUUGAAAUUAAAAGAAGAUAAAUUAUGUCAACGUAAAGAGUUAAAUGACAAAAUUAACUAUACGGAACAGCAGCUAAUGGUAGUAACUCAAGAAAUGAAGAAAAAGAUACACAGUAUGGUAGAAGAUGUUGAACAAAGGGUGUCAAAAGCACUAAGUGAAGAAAUUCGCAGAUUAAGUACGUUAGUGGACGAAUUCAACCUACCCUUCCAUCCAGAACCAUUAGUGCUCAACGUCUACAAAAAAGAACUGCACCUUCACGUCGAAACGGGGCUCGGUUCGAAUCUGAGAGCUAGAUUAUCGACCGCGUUGGCCCUUAACAUGGAAGCUAGUCAGAAAGAAAUGACGGAGAGAAUGGAAGCUUUAAUACCCGAAAGUCAUAAGAUGGCGUCCAGCGUUGUACUGCCAAGAAGACAACCUUUUGAAAUAUUGUACAGAUUAAACUGCGAUAAUCUCUGUGCAGAUUUUCAAGAGGAUUUAGAGUUCAGGUUUUCGUGGGGAUUAACCAGCCUUAUUCAAAAAUACGCCGGUAGCGGGGCCAAUUUCCUAGCACUGAGAAACAAACGGGAGAGCCCUACUAGCCCCAAUAUUCCUUCAACUCCCACAGAUGUCGUCGACGGUAGAUUGCUCUACGCCAGCACCAGCAUAGACGAGUGGUCGUUGCUCUCGAGGUUAGCCAUUAUGGGAGCCUCCUCGCAGGGCACAAUGGGCGGCCUACUGGUAGCAGGAUUUUUGUUUAAGACUAUAGGCUGGAGAAUUCUUGCUAUAACUGGUGCAAUGUACGGUUGUCUCUACCUGUACGAGCGUUUGACGUGGACAAACAAAGCAAAAGAAAAAUCUUUUAAAAAGCAGUAUGUGCAGCACGCCUCCAAGAAAUUAAGGAUGAUUAUAGAUCUGACAUCCGCCAAUUGCAGUCAUCAAGUCCAACAAGAACUAAGUGGUACCUUCGCAAGAUUGUGUCAAGUCAUAGAUGAUACCACCAGUGUAAUGGACAAACAAUUAGUAGAAUUAGAACAAGAAUUAAACCGUUUAGAAAGUGCAGGUAGUAAGGCUAAAGUAUUGAGAAAUAAGGCAAACUAUUUAACCCAUGAAUUAGAACUUUUCGAUAAAGCGUAUCUUAGGAUGACUCACUAGAAAUGAUAUUUACCAAAUUAGAUUUUUGACUUUAAAUAUUGGUAUUUAAAUGGCUCAGUGUAGCGAGAAUAUGAAAGAAAAAAAAUGUAAAUUAUCUAUAUUUAUUUUGAAGAAACCUUAACAAAAACUGCAAAACAAAUUUAUUUACUUAAAAAAGAAUCUGGUACUAACCGAAGUUGUUAAGGUUUCUGAUUAUUAUCUUAUCUUAUUUGAUCGAUUUUUUCUGACGAUACCUCUAUACACGUAGCCUAAUGUUUUGUGAUAGAAUUAACAUUAUAUAUUUAAGUAAUUAUACCUUAUUAUAUAUUACAUUUUAUUCAGUUAAA